AUGAUUUCAUCUCAAGCAUGUUCAGCAUUUCAUGCUCAACGAAAAUUAUCCGCAUGUCGAUGGGAAUCAUCUUGUCGAUCGAUAACUAAUGAACGUGGUAGUACUUUUUUCGAAGAGCCUGGUAAAAGUUCAUCAGAAUUAUUAACAAAUAAAAAAGCUCAUCCUAUACGACAUCUUCUUUGUGCAAUUCUUUCAACUGUAUUAUUUUUUGUUACUGGUAUUAUUGCAGUUUUUUAUGCUAUGAAAGCUUUAUAUUGUGAACGUAAUGGUUAUUAUGAACAAGCAUUAAUACAUUCAAACCGUUCAUUAUCAUGGUCAAUGGCAACAUUUGUAAUUGCUCUUUUUAUUUAUUUAACUAUUGGUCUCUUUAUUGUUAUCAGUAAAACUCAUCAUUAUUAA